AUGGGAUCCAAGACGAUCAUUCUUGUUCUUCAGGUUUUAUUUUCUUUACAAUUUAGUCCUUCAAUCGGGGAAAAUUGGAUCAGAGCUGGAUAUUACAAGUAUGAUUCACGAUAUGAGUCUGAGCUUCAUGUUUCUGAAAUAAAAUCCUCCCUCUUUACUCACAUUAUUUGCGCCUUCGCUGGCGUCAAUUCAACCUCCUACGAGCUCAGUCUGUUCCCUGAAAAUUUUUUCUCAACCUUCACGGAAACGGUCAAGCAGAAGAACCCAUCAGUCGCUACACUCCUGUCCAUCGGAGGAGAGGGAGUAAGUAAUUCGACAUUUUCUUCCUUGGCAAGCAACCCUUCUUCCAGGAAAUCUUUCAUCGAUUCCUCGAUAAAAAUAGCCAGGCACUAUCACUUCCAGGGCCUGGACCUGUCUUUGUAUCCGGGGCCAUCAGGCUCUGAUAUGGUCAAUAUGGGUGUACUCUUUGAAGAGUGGCGAAUGGCUAUCGCUUUAGAGGCAACAAUCUCAGGAAAGUCACAGCUUUUUUUGACAGCAUCGGUUGGUUAUACGCCAUUGACACCUUCAAGAAGCUACCCCGUAGACUCAAUAAAAAAAAAUUUGGAUUGGGUUCAUGUUGUAGCUGCCAGGUUCACCAUGCCCGAAUUGAGCAAUGUUACAGGCGCUCAUGCUGCUCUAUACGAUCCAACUAAUUCAACCAAUACGGAUAACGGUAUAAGGGAAUGGAUUGAAAGCGGGUUAGCAGCUGAUAAGCUGGUUUUAGGUUUGCCUUUCUAUGGAUUUGCAUGGAUUCUGAAGAAUCCUGAGGAUAGUGGCAUUGGUGCAGCAGCAAUAGGGCCAGCUAGGAAUUCAACGGGUGGGUAUAUGACCUACAAGGAGAUCAAGAAUUACAUUGCGGAAUCUGGCUCCAAUAUACAUGUUAUGUACAAUGACACUUAUGUGGUGAAUUUCUGCACAAUCGGCACAUAUUGGAUUGGUUUUGAUGGCGUUGAAGCCAUCAGAAGAAAGGUUUCUUAUGCCAAGGAGAAAGGUUUACGUGGUUACUAUGUGUGGCUUGUCUCCUAUGACUUGAAUUGGGAGCUUUCUGAAGCUGCUGCAGAUAGUAAAAAGAACGGACAGAAUAAGAGGCGUUUGGUGGCUAUCGUUUUGACUACAGCAGCCAUUGUAAUUCUUCUGCUAGGGAAAAUGUCCAUGAUCUAUUAUUGCUGGAGGAGAAAGAUGAUCAAAUUGCCUUUUAUAAGGAAGAUUGGGGACACGUUUAAAAGAUCCAAAGAUGAAGCAAAGGAAGGGAAAGCUAAUGAAGAUUUCGGUAGCAGUGUUCCAAAUCUAAUAGAGUAUACUUGGACAGAUAUAGAGGCAGCUACUAAUUGUUUUUCAAUGGAAAAUAAGCUUGGACAAGGUGGAUAUGGACCUGUUUACAAGGGUGUACUACCAGAUGGACAAGAAAUUGCAGUGAAGAGACUUUCACAAACCUCAACACAAGGAUUCAAGGAAUUCAAGAACGAAGUUAUACUUACGGCAAAGCUCCAACAUGUAAAUCUUGUUGGAGUUUUGGGUUAUUGCAUUGAUAGAGAAGAGCAUAUGCUGAUCUAUGAAUAUUUGAAAAAUAAAAGCUUGGAUUAUUAUCUUUUUAGUCCUUGCAAUCAACAUACUUUGAAUUGGAAAAAGAGGGUUCACAUCAUUGAAGGAGUUACUCAAGGACUCUUGUAUCUCCAAGAAUACUCAAGAUUUACUGUUAUUCACCGAGACUUAAAAGCCAGUAAUAUUUUGUUAGAUGAGAGCAUGAAUGCUAAAAUUUCAGAUUUUGGUAUGGCUACAAUUUUCGCAAAAAACAAUCUUGAAGCAAACACAGGAAUGAUUGUGGGAACAUUAGGCUAUCUUCCUCCUGAAUACCAUAAAAGGGGCAUAUACUCUACCAAAUCAGACGCAUAUGAGCUGUGGAAGGAUGGCAAAGGCAUGGAGUUUAUGGAUCCAUCACUUGAUGAUAUAGAUUCGCCUUGUAAAUUAAUGAGGUGCUUGCAAAUAGGUUUGCUUUGUGUCCAGGAAAACCCUAAUGAUAGACCAUCCAUUUUGAAGGUUUUCUCCAUGCUUAAAAAUGAAACCACAGAUUCUAUGAUCCCAAACAGGCCUGCCGCAUCUUGGAAUGCUACACCACAGUUGGAGUAUUGUUGGACCAGCUCGGUUAACAAUGUAACAUUGACUGAUAUGAUAGCUAGAUGA